CGCCAUACACCUCUGCAGGAGGAGAUCCAGCACUGCCCCCCCUCCUGCUUCCAGUGAACCCCAGAGUCACCCGUCUGUCAUGGCAGGCUCCCUGGAGGACUCCAUACCAGAGUACGACUACGUCCAGUCAGAACAACCGCACACGCAGACCAACCCAUCAUAUCGUGGAAACUCCUCCACCAUUUUCACUACCUACCUCUGA